UACUGCCAUAGGUCCUUGCAGCAUAUUCCUACACGUGUGUCAGCCUGUCGAGUGGUGGCAGCACACAGUUGCUGUUGUGUGGUUUCUUAAAAUAGCUUAGAAUUUAAGCUAAAUAACAAUGGGAGGUCUUCAGAAGAAGAAGUACGAGAGGGGAGCCGCGACGAACUACAUCACCAGGAACAAAGCUCGCAAGAAGUUGAGUUUGAGCUUAGCCGACUUCAGACGCCUCUGCAUUUUGAAGGGAAUAUACCCCCACGAACCCAAACACAAGAAGAAGGUCAACAAGGGAUCCACUGCUCCACGCACUUUCUACUUGCUGAAAGACAUCCGCUUCCUUCUGCACGAGCCCAUCGUCGGGAAGUUCAGGGAGUACAAGGUGUUCGUGCGUAAACUGCGAAAAGCGUACGGAAAAGCGGAAUGGACGAAUGUGCAGAGGCUAAGGGAGAACAAACCGGGGUACAAGCUGGACCACAUCAUCAAGGAGAGGUACCCGACAUUCAUCGACGCCCUCCGUGACAUCGACGAUGCCCUGUCCAUGUGUUUCUUGUUCUCCACCUUUGCUCGUACCGGGAAGUGCCACGUACAGACCAUCCAGCUGUGUCGCCGCCUAUCUGUGGAGUGGAUGAACUACAUCGUAACGUCACGUUCACUGAGGAAGGUUUUCCUGUCCAUCAAGGGGAUUUACUACCAAGCGGAAGUCCUUGGACAGCCCAUCACAUGGCUGGUGCCCUAUCAGUUUGCCCACAACCACCCGACAGACGUGGACUACAGGGUGAUGGCCACCUUCACCGAGUUCUACACCACGCUGUUCGGCUUCGUCAACUUCCGGCUGUACCAGUCCCUCAAUCUGCUCUACCCCCCCAAGCUGGACGUGAAGUCUGAGACUGAGCUGAAGCCAGAGUUCGAGGAGGACUACGCCAUGGACUCGGAGAGCUACCUUGAGAAACUGGCAGCGCUCAGUGCCAGUCUGGCCCGGGUUGUCCCCACGGCGGAGGAGGAGGAGGCCGAACUGGACCAGUUCCCUGCGGAGGGGGAGGACGCAGAAGUGCUGGAGGCCCGGGAUAAGCUGCAGAGGGAGCAGGACGCCCAGAAGAAGCUGUUCGACGGCCUCAGAUUCUUCCUCAACCGAGAGGUUCCCAGGGAGCCGCUGGCCUUCGUGCUCCGGUGUUUUGGGGCGCAGGUGUCCUGGGACAAGUCUCUCUGCAUUGGGGGUACAUAUGAUGUCACAGAUCAGAGCAUCACGCAUCAGAUUGUGGACAGACCCAACACUGACCAGCAGUACAUCAACAGGUAUUACGUCCAGCCCCAGUGGGUGUUCGACUCGGUCAACGCCAAGCUCCAGCUGCCGGUGGUGGACUACUUCCCGGGCGUGAACCUCCCCCCUCACCUGUCCCCCUUCGUGGAGGAGAAGGACGGAGACUACGUGCCUCCGGAGAAGCUCAAACUGAUGGCCAUCCAGCGCGGGGAACAGCCAGAAAGAGAAGAGGAAGAAGAGGAGGAGGAGGAGGAAGAAGAGGAUGACGACGACGAUGAUGAGGAAGAAGGAGAGGAGGAAGAGGAGAUGGAUGCCGAAGAGUUGACCGAUGAGAAGAACCUGAAGGAGAUGGAGAAGCAGAGGUCCCAGGGCAAGGCUCUGUCGGUGAAGGUGACCCCAGGGAAGGCCAAAAUGGAGAACAAGAUGCGCACGGAGCAGGAGGAGAAGGCGGAGGAGAAGCGGCUGGCCAUCAUGAUGAUGAAGAAGAAGGAGAAGUACCUUUACGACAAGAUCAUGUUCGGCAAGAAGAGGAAGGUCCGAGAGGCAAACAAGCUGGCUGCAAAGCGCAAAGCUCACGAAGAUGCUGCCAAGGCUGACAAAAAGAAGAAAAAGCCCAAAAAACAGUGACCGUUCCCUGAGGGAAUGAUGGACUGUAUUAUUUUAUGUAUAUGAAAAUACACUCUUUUUUUGGAGAGAACAGUCUGCAAAUGUUCCAUGUUAAAGGUUUUUUUUAUUACAGCUGCAAGGAUGGGGGAGCGUGCGUGCGCACACGCUAUCUGAUGGUCCUUGGACAUGUGGGAAUUGAGAAUGAACCUUUACUAUGACAAAAAAACGCAAAACUCUUCUGACAGUUUUUUUGAUAAGAAGUGGAAAAGUAAGCCUCUGCCCUAAUCUUUUGUGGACAUUGGACGGGUCUGAAUUUGGAAUUUGGGCCAAACCUUAAACGAUCAGACGUUACCCUGUUUUACUGUAAUGUAUCCGUUUUAUGAGCGAUUGGGUCCGUGGGAACAGUAAUAAAGUGAGACUGAACCUUG